UGUUAUGUGUACCAUGGUCUAACCCAGCCAGUGUUGACAAUAGGGUGAAAAAGAAACAGCCCCGAAUCAUAAACGAGCUAAAGGAUAAAACACCACAAAUCCAGGGGUUUGGGGAAGACAAGCAAUUGAAUCAGUAACAGGAAUGUAAUUGCGUAAUCGUUUUUUAUACAGCCGUGUUUUGUUAUUAAUGGGAGUUUGAGGAUUAUUCCGUUGGAAGGAAAAAGGGUACUCGUGGGUUUGGCUGUUUUCAGGCCAGAUUUUCCUGCUGUUUUGCCCGCUGCUGCUGCUUGGGGGGAAAGGCUGUUUUUGCACCGUGCUGGAGGUAGCCUGUUAGCCCCGAUAUAUUUCCAAACAUAGGAUAAACUCCUCCGCCGCCGUCUCCGUUGCAAAACCCACAAGAGGAUCAAGGUAAAGUACUACGAUUGGAGAGCUAACAGCCAGUCGGUCGGCUGCAGCUUGUCGGGACUCGGGACGGUGUGUGUUUCCCCGGUCUGUCACUUAGCAUUAGCACUGCUCCCCCUCCCCCUGUAUUUACAUCUGGGAUGAUGGGUGAUCGCCCAAGUCCGCCCAGCAGGGCUAUGUCCUCGGCAGCCACCACAUCUCCAUCUGCCGACAAAGUGGACGGAUUUUCACGGAAGUCUGUCAGGAAGGCCAAGCAGAAGCGGUCGCAGAGCUCGUCCCAGUUCCGCUCUCAGGGCAAACCCAUAGAGCUCACGCCCUUGCCACUGCUCAAGGACGUGCCAGCGCCGGAGCAGCCCGAGCUGUUCCUGAAGAAGCUGCAGCAGUGCUGUACUGUCUUUGACUUCAUGGACACGCUGUCGGACCUCAAGAUGAAGGAGUACAAGCGCUCCACGCUCAACGAGCUGGUGGACUACGUGACCGUCAGCAGGGGCUACCUGACAGAGCAGGCCUACCCCGAUGUCGUCAAAAUGGUGUCUCACAACAUAUUCCGGACCCUUCCGCCCAGUGACAGUAAUGAGUUUGACCCCGAGGAAGACGAGCCCACACUCGAGGCCUCCUGGCCACACUUACAGUUGGUAUACGAGUUCUUCAUCCGGUUCUUGGAGAGUCAGGAAUUCCAGCCCAGUAUUGCCAAAAAGUACAUAGACCAGAAGUUUGUCCUACAGCUCUUGGAGUUGUUUGACAGCGAGGAUCCUCGGGAGAGAGACUACCUGAAGACAGUCUUGCAUAGAAUCUACGGCAAAUUCCUGGGUCUGAGGGCUUUUAUACGAAAACAGAUCAAUAAUAUUUUUCUACGUUUUGUUUAUGAGACGGAGCACUUCAACGGGGUGGCUGAGUUGCUGGAGAUCCUGGGGAGUAUAAUCAAUGGUUUCGCUCUGCCACUGAAAGCGGAGCAUAAACAGUUUCUGGUCAAAGUGUUGAUCCCCCUCCACACCGUCAGGAGUCUGUCCCUUUUCCACGCACAGUUGGCGUAUUGCAUUGUACAGUUCCUAGAGAAAGACCCAACAUUAACAGAACCAGUGAUCAGAGGCUUACUGAAGUUCUGGCCAAAAACUUGCAGUCAAAAAGAGGUGAUGUUUCUAGGAGAGCUGGAAGAGAUCCUGGACGUCAUCGAGCCCACACAGUUUGUGAAGAUCCAGGAGCCGCUCUUCAAACAGAUCUCCAGAUGUGUGUCCAGCCCACACUUCCAGGUUGCGGAGCGAGCUCUCUACUACUGGAACAACGAGUACAUCAUGAGUCUGAUCGAGGAGAACUCCAGCGUCAUCCUGCCCAUCAUGUUCGCCAGCCUCUACAGGAUCUCCAAAGAGCACUGGAACCCGGCCAUCGUGGCGCUGGUGUACAACGUACUGAAGGCCUUCAUGGAGAUGAACAGUACCUUAUUCGAUGAACUCACAGCCACUUACAAGUCGGACCGCCAGCGUGAGAAGAAGAAGGAGAAGGAGCGGGAGGACCUCUGGAAGAAGCUGGAGGAUUUGGAGCUGAAGAGGGGCCUUAGGAGCGAUGGGAUCCCAACUUAACAAAGACAGCGCCGCGCUCCCCCUCUGCCCCCCCCCCUCCUCUCCCCCUGUGACU